GUGACCAUUAUUGCGCAGGCGCAGCUCUGGGAGAGGCUGAAGUUCAAAGCCUUGCAGCUGGAGUGGCCCAAGGGCCUGUCGGAAGGCGGGCCUUGACCUCUGGCACCAGUGCUCCGUUAUCCCAGCUCUUCCCUUGGGACUCUGGAGGCCUCAUGACCCCUCAGCCAAAGGAGUAAUGCCUGCAACAGAAGGGGCCCAGACCUCAUACAGGGCACCAAGGCUCUGCCAAUAGCUGUACCUCCUUGGUCUCUGGACUCCCAAGUCCUGGCUGCUUCUCCGAGCUGAGCCAGACACCAGCCGCUUCCCGCCGCACAGAAAGCGCCCCGGAGGGUCCGGGGCUGCUGCGCAUGCUCCGUCCUGCGCUCUCCUCGGGUCUGUAGCUCCGCCCCGUAGCGGUUAGGAUUUGAAUCUCCAGCGGGCUCCAGCCGGAAAUAUCCCGGCCUUAGUCAGGCAAUGGCUAACCCCGGCCAGGGCGCGCGGUGCCCGCUGCUGGAGCAGCGUGCUCGAUGGGAGCGGAAACGUGCCUGCACCGCCCGGGAGCUGCUGGAGACCGAGCGGCGCUAUCAGGAGCAACUGGGGCUGGUGGCCACGUACUUCUUGGGGAUCCUGAAGGCCAAGGGUACCCUGCAACCUCCAGAGCGCCAGUCUCUGUUUGGGUGCUGGGAGCUCAUUUAUGGCGCCAGCCAAGAGUUGCUUCCCUACUUGGAAGAAGGACACUGGGGACAGGGGCUAGAAGGCUUCUGCACCCACCUGGAGCUCUAUGCCAAAUUUGCUGCAAAUGCAGAGAGGUCCCAGGCAACCCUACAGGAGCAGCUAAAGAAAAACAAACGUUUCCGGAGGUUUGUGAGGCUUCAGGAAGGCCGCCCUCAGUUUGGAGGCCUUCAGCUUCAGGACCUGCUCCCUCUGCCUCUGCAGCGGCUCCAGCAGUAUGAAAAUCUCAUCAUUGCUUUGGCUGAAAACACAGGUCCUAACAGCCCUGACCACCAACAGCUCACACGGGCUGCCCGGCUGAUAAGUGAGACUGCCCAGAGAGUCCGCACCAUUGGUCAGAAACAGAGGAAUGACCAGCACCUUCGGCGUGUCCAGGCUUUGCUCAGUGGACGCCAGGCAAAGGGGCUCACCUCAGGACGCUGGUUCCUACACCAAGGCUGGCUGUUGGUGGUGCCUCCCACUGGGGAGCCUCGGCCCCGGAUGUUUUUCCUCUUCUCUGAUGUGCUUCUCAUGGCCAAGCCUCGACCCCCAUUGCACCUGCUGAAGGGUGGCACCUUUGCCUGCAGGGCCCUCUACCCCAUGGCCCAGUGUCAACUCUGCAGGGUCUUUGGCCACUCGGGAGGUCCUUGUGGUGGACUACUCAGUCUCUCCUUCCCCAGUGAGAAGCUACUGCUUAUGUCCACAGACCAGGAGGAGCUCUCACACUGGUAUAAGAGUCUGACUCUGGCUAUCAGCAGCCAGAAGAAGUAGAAGAACCUUACAAAUUCCAAAAGUCAGGACACUUCAGGGACAGGUCAGAAUCAAGAGUACAAAAGGAUCUUCUAACAAAGAGAAUUUUUCAUGAACUUUCCUAGUUUAACAAGGGUAAUUCUGUAUUUGCCAAGCUACUCUGGGUCAUCAGACCAGCUCUUAAGAAUUAGGAAACCAAGGGCCGGCCAAUCAACUCAGCGGAUUCAAGUGCCUACUUAGGCAGACAUAGAGCAGAGGCUGGGGUUCCAUCCCUGCCGUGCAGU